AUGAAUCGCCAAUCCAUCUUAAUAUUCCUCAUUGUAUUUGUCACUUCACUUCUUUUCGUUAACGCUGAUACCGCAGAUUCAGCUGAAAAAGUAGGCGUCAGAAGUAUUAGGCCCGAACUGGUCAAAGUCAAAAAAGUUAGCGCAAAAAAAUUGAUUGUAGAAGUUGCUUGGAAUGUAACCGAUAAAGUCGGAGAUUAUGACCAAUAUUUGUCAAAAAAAGGAAUAACCAAACUUAGUUGUAAACCUAGUGGCAUUGUGACUAUUAGGAAUUCUCAUCAGAAACAUUUGGUUGGUGACUUUAAAACCACCUACAAAUUAGAUGUUCACAAAAAGAAUACUGUG